UGAGCUUCGAAAAAAAAAAUAAGGGAAACCUAAGCCUUGUGACAAACUCCUAUCGGUGGUGGGAGUUUCACACACAUCACACGCACGCACACACACGCACACACCCACGGAGAUUUCAAAUCGUCGAAAAGAAAGGGGCAAACAUGGCUGACAAAGAGCCGACCGCCGCGGAAGAGGCCGCGGCCCGCGCCAGAGAGAAAGCCGAGCAGGAUGCUCUCCCGUACAAAUGGACCCAGACCAUCGGCGACCUCGACGUCUCCAUCUCGGUGCCGGGCAACCUCAAGGGGCGUGACAUCGUCGUCGAGCUGAAGAAGGACUUUAUCUCGGCCGGGAUCAAGGGGCAAGAACCCAUCCUCAAGGGCAACUUCCCCCACCCGAUCCGCACCGACGACAGCACGUGGACGCUGUCGACCGCGCCCGACAACACCAAGGUGAUCGAGAUCCACCUGGACAAGGUGAACAAGAUGGAGUGGUGGGCGCACGUGGUGACGACGGCGCCCAAGAUCGACGUGACCAAGAUCGUGCCCGAGACCAGCAAGCUGUCGGACCUGGACGGCGAGACGCGCGGCAUGGUGGAGAAGAUGAUGUACGACCAGCGGCAGAAGGAGCUUGGCCUGCCGACGAGCGACGAGCAAAAGAAGCUCGACAUACUCAAGAAGUUUCAGGAGCAGCACCCGGAGAUGGACUUUAGCAAGGCCAAGAUCAACUAAUAAUAAUUACAUGCACACUCACCCACCCCCCAGUUCCCCCCGUGUGUGUACAGCACAAACAUGUGUAUGUUGCUUAGUGUGUUCAUAUGACGUCUUGAACUCCCCCAUCCUCCCUCAUCGAA